UUUCAUUCCUUCCUUUUUUUUGGGACUUCCUCUGGUCAUGCAGCCUCAAACUAUUGUACUCGCCACUACAGGUGUCCUUGCCACCUUGGGUCUUGGCUACCUCGUUUACUUUGAUUAUAAGCGAAGGAAUGAUCCCGACUUUCGACGACGUUUGAGACGUGAACGAAAAUUGGCGGCCAAGGAAGCCAAGGCUGCUACGGAGGAAUCCAAGCAAACCAAGGCCAAACUCAUUGAGACCGUGCUUCAAACUGCUGCUUCCGAGCAAUAUCCUACUUCACCCGAAGAGAAGGAAAAAUAUUUCAUGUCCAAUGUCGCGGCUGGUGAGGAGUGGUGUGGUAAAGGCGAGGCUUUCUACGAUGACGCGAUUCUGCCGUUCUACAAAGCACUUAAAGUGUAUCCCGCCCCCAUGGAACUUGUGAUGAUCUAUCAAAAGACGCUUCCUCCCCCCGUGUUUGAAACCAUUACUCAAAUCAUGGAAUUAGAACAUCAAGCUGGUGCUGGAUCUGCCGCUGAUGUGGAGUAAAAAAAAUACAAUGUCCUCGCAUAAUAAAUCAAUUCACUGCUUAUCGUCCUUCUUUCCUCCCAAUCAUUCAAAACAUCGCCGAGCCCUGAACAUUGAAAAUGCGAAAACGGAC